CUCAGUCCUCAGUAUGAAGAAAAGGGGAAGUGUAAGCACCAGCAGAGUUCUCAAUAAACAUUCAUAACUGCCUUCUAAACAGAGUCAUCACACAAUGACCCACGGCUGCCUCAAGUGUUUAAAGUACACCAUGUGUGUCGCCAACUUUCUUUGUUUUAUGUCUGGCGUGGCAGUCCUAGGCUUUGGCGUGUACAUGCUGAUGAACUUCAAACUGAUUGAACUUACACCUUCCUUGGCCAAGUUGAAUAUAGCAAGCAUGUUGCUGAUCAGUGGCAUCAUCAUCUCAUGUGUUUCCUUCCUGGGCUUCCUGGGAGCGCUGAAGGAGAACCGCUGUCUCCUGCUGACGUUCUUCCUGAUGCUCUUCUUCUUGCUGCUGAUGCAGCUAACUGCGGCAUGCUUGCUUCUCCUGUACGAAAAAGACAUUUCUGAAUGGGUCGAGCGCGAUCUGAAUGAGGGUUUAAAGGAAGCAAAAGGGAAAAAUCCAGGGGACUUCCGCAGUGAGUGGGAUCUGGUUCAGAACACGUUUGAUUGCUGCGGGGUGCACAAUGUGUCAGACUGGGGAGGCAAUGUGCCUGAAUCUUGCUGCUUUAAAGAUUGUACUGGGCCACCACAGACUCCAGAAUACAGAUCAAUGGGGUGUUUGGACAAGCUGAGAUACUGGUUUGAAGACAAUUUCCUAAGCACUGGGAUUUCUGUCAUUUUCCUCUGCAUUAUUGAGGUCUUAGGGAUGUGUUUCGCCAUGACACUGUUCUGCCAUAUCAGCAGAUCUGGACUGGGCUACAAGUUGUAGAACAGAGAGCACCAUGUUGUCAUUCAAAAUUCAAUUGUUACUGGAGGAAAAAAAUCCAAACCAACAUGGCCCUGUGUGGAAAAAGUGAGUGCCCCCAUAAACCUAACAACUGGAUGGGUGACCCUGAGCAGCAAUAAUGGCAAUCAAGUGAUGGUGAUAACUUGGAAUGAGUUUCUAACAGUGCUGGAGUGUUUUGAAACAUUGUCCUGCUGAAGAAGCCAAGUUCACUUCAGCUUGAGAUUCGCAGACAGAGGGCUGGACAUUCUUCUUCAGGAUUUUUUGGAAGAGAGCAGCAUUCAUGGUUCCGUUUAUCAUUAAAGGUUUUCCAGGUCCUAAAGUAGACCUAAAACACUCCCAGAUCAUCACACUCCCACCACCAUAUUUGACUGUUAGUAUGUUCUUCCAUAAUGCGGUAUUACAGUUUUAUGCCAGAUGUAAUGGGGCAGUCCUUCACAAAAAAUUUCCAAAAUGUCUCAGCCUCUUUCUUAUGGUGGAGCCAUGAUCACCAGGCUUAAUUGAGGCAAGUGAGGCCUGCAGUUCUUUGGACAAUGUGAUGUAUUUAGUGACCUCUUGGAUGAGACAUCGCUGCGCUCUUGGGGGUAAUUUACUACUACUACUCCCAAGAAGCUUCACCACUUCUAUUGUGUGAAUAACAGCUCUCACUAUGGAACAGUGGAGUCCCAAUCUUUUAAAAAUACAUUUAAAGCCUUUUCCACAGUAAUAGAUUUCAAUUACAUUAUUUUUCAUUUGUUCCUAAAUUUAUUUGUAUCUUGGAAUAAUGUUAAGCUUUUGAGGAUCUUUUAGUGUAUUUGAAGUUGUUUAAUUUCUUGCUCAAAAACAAGUGUGGGAGUAUGAGGCUUGAGUGUGGCUAGAAAAAUUGAACUCGGGUAUGAUAAACCAUUGUUUUAACAGGGAACAAACUUUCAAAAAGGGUCUUGUGGGGUUUUUCCCCCCUCCCUUCAUAAUAAUUAAAAAACUGCAUAUUGUGUGUCUUGUGUUGUAUUUGACUAUUUCAAAUUAAUUGUGAUGGGGAACUAGUGAGAAAAAAUGCAAAACAAAAACAAAACGAAAAAAAAAAUUCUGGAAAUUUGCAACUUUUUCACACCACUGCUAAAACAGGCUAAAUUACUCGUACGCUUCAUUUAAAGAGCCACAAUAAUCAAUGAAAUACCCUAAUUACUGAAAAAAAUAAAAACAGGCAGUGUUUUUGUGCUUCAACAGUGUUAAACACGAAUUGAAAGUAAUUUUUUUUCCAUUAGUGUCUGUGUGUGUGUGUGUAUAUAUAUAUAUAUA